AACUUCGGUCCCAAACACACUGGCAACAAAAUGGAUUACAAUACAGCCAAUCGUUUCCAAGAGCCGGUGAGCCGCUUUAAGGUCUAUGAGGAUUAUUUGGACUCCAAAGUGAUGCCGAUGGAUUUGUUUUACUUGAAAAGCAGGGAGUCAGCCCGUAAGCUGGUGGAGCACGGCCACAAGGGCACGGUGCUGAGCCGGGAGGAAUUUCAGGAGCGGAAAGCAGCUGCGCAGGCGGCAGCGGAGGCGACCCGCUACGAGCGGAACCGGCCGACGACACUGGCGAGCGCGGGAAGGCGAGUCAAAGAUAACUUCCUGAAGGCGCUGUCCGAGCGCGAGGAAGCCAACCGCGCUGGGAAAAUGACGUCGCUGAUCUUCAUACGAGAUCGUAACGCUCUCGGACAGGAAGUGUCUGGCUAUAUAGACUACGCCCACAGACUGAAGGUCCAGGACUUUCAGGCGUAUUUCAACGCAAACAAGAGGCUCAUGCCAGGACGCUUGGAUUUAUGCUUCUACAACUGGACCACACGGGUGUCCGCCUCCGCCUGCAGCCCAAACUACGAGGUCAUCUACGACGACCCCAACGGCCUUCUCUUCCAAAGGAAGCGCGACAAAAAGAUCCUCAAUGUGGACCCUUUGUCGGGUCCUGGCGAGGACGCCAAAAGGAGCGUGGUGCAGUCGGGCCUCUACAUGCAUGUCGUCAUCUUGGACCACUACAUCAGAAGCGUCUGAGCACACACACACACAGAGAGAGGACGGCAGGCCUUUAAUUUGGCGGGGAACAAAGCAAAGGUCCGCUGGGGAGGCAGACGUAUCACGCAUGCCAUCUGGGCGGAGGCCAACAUUCCCACAGCAACUUUUUCAACUUUUUCACAUUUCUAUCAACAUUUCAUCUUUGUCGCUUGAGUGAUUCGGACCAAACGGGUUCUGGACGCCAGCGGACCAGAACCUUACCCCCGUCCGCUCCAAACCGUCUCAUCCUUUGCCCUCCCGGCAUGUUUUUUUGGGGGGGGAUGUUUGUCUAAACA